AUGAACUUCGGAGUACCCACGACGCCUCAGCGUCCUACGCCGGGCAUGUUCAUCAACACCCCUGCGCCGAACCGAGGCGGACUGGUACGGCAGCCGUCUAUGUCCCAACAGCGACAGCCAUCCAUUGCGCAGCCUCAGCAGCAGCCGCAACAGCCAGCACAAGCACUUCCUGCGCCGCCAGCUGUAAGCGCCAUUGAGCGUGCUGCGCGGACAAUCAACAGCAUGUUGGACCGCGACAACCGCUAUCCUCCAUUAGAAGCCUAUGUCGGACAGGGCAUGUCUGGAGAGUACGAAUUACCGACGAACCCAGCGUGGGCGCCAUUUCAAAAGCUACGAACGUACCGACUCCCAGAAGCCGUCUUUGAGCAAGUGGAUCACACGCAAAUGUCGACGCAAAUGGGCUUGUUCGCGGAGAUUAAUCAUGCUUGGGUGGUUGUGGACAACCAGGUCUACCUCUGGGACUACACGCACCCGAACCCUGAGCUUGUAGGAUUCGAAGAGCAGCCAAGCAACAUCACUUGCGUAAAGCUGGUCAAGCCGCGCGCAAAGGUCUUUGUCGACACAAUCGAAUACCUACUGGUGGUUGCGACAGUCACGGACAUCUUCCUGAUCGCUGUCGAGUGCCAGCGAGGGCCUGAGGGAGUUCACGGCAUUACUUUGUAUCGAACCGGGCUCUCUACUUCUGUGAGGAGGAUCACGGUAACAGCGAUCGCAGGAUCGGAUAAGACGGGCCGCAUCUUCUUUGGAGACGGGAGCACAGAGGAUGUGUAUGAGCUGAACUACCAGCAAGAGGAUCGGUGGUUUUCCAGCAAGUGCAGCAAGACAAACCAUGUCUCUAAAGCUGUAGGACUUCCUGCGUUGCCCUUCUAUGGCACUACACAGCAGGCGGGCAUCGUACAGAUGGUUGUCGAUGACACACGGAACCUUUUGUACACGCUCUCGACGAACAGCACUGUGAAGGUCUACCACAUGCGCGCACCUGCAACUCUCGAAUGCGUCAUCACACGGACUGUCUCGAAUCUGCAAACUAUGUGCAGCCAUAUCGUUCGUCAGUCAGAAGUUCUGAAUAAGAUGGAGAUCGUCUCUCUGAGCCCUAUCGCAAGCACAGAAGCGGAUCAUCUUUCCCUCAUGGCAACAACGUCUACUGGAUGCAGGCUGUAUCUGAGCACGACAUCAGGUGGUUGGAACAGCGACAGCACAAGUGCGCCGAACAGCAUGCAGUUGCGCCAUGUUCGCUUCCCCCCUGACGAUGGCCAAACCCCCCACCAGACCAACUCCACUCAGCUGCAACCGUACCAGGGAGGUGCCCCGCUAGGCAUCAAUUCCAAAUACCUGAAAGAGACCAAGUACGGUAACAGGUUUGCACCUGGGUCUUUUUUCUCGUUUGUGCUCAAGUCAGAGAAUGAACGAAAUCAGACACUCUUCAUCUCUGCUCCCCAUUCCGGUCUGCUCGGCCAGCGUGAGAGUUCCGAGCCCCCACGGUACACUGAGACUGGCCUGUCACUAGAGCUUGUAGGCAAAAUCCAGGAUAUGGGGCAGGUAUCUGAGCCUUUCUCUGCCAGGAACGAACCUUUGGGAUUUGGUAACGAACUCGCAACACAGUUCGACAAGCCCCUUACCGAGUACGCCAUCAUCACAUCUUUCGGAAUCGAGACGGUACGACGGAAGCGACUUGUUGAUAUUUUCGCUGCCCUUGUGAAAUAUGGGGGCGGUCAGGAGGGUACUGAAGCCGACAUCAAGAAGCUUGCAAGACAGUAUGGCCUUGCCGAGACAGCGGCCACUGCUCUGGCCGUGGCUUGUAAUCAAGGCUCUGAUGUUGGGCCAGAUUCUCGGAUUGCUAAGAUCACAGAUCCCGAGGUGACCGAGUUUGCUCGCAAGGUUUUCAUCGAGUUUGGCGGCAAGGCGCAUCUGACGGAGAGCGCGACAGUUGAGGGGCCGAGUGUCGAGAAUGUUCGAGCAUCGCCACGACACGAUGGUAUUGCGAUGUACGUGGCACGCCUUGUGCGAUCUAUUUGGUAUUCUCCGGUGAUCAAAGAAGAAGCCACACCGGCCGGUCCUCUCCUUGCAUCAGCUGUGAAGGUCAGCAAGCUACAGGACAUCCAGCGCGCGCUGAUGGACCUGCAAAAGUUCCUUGAUGAUAACAAGUCGUUCAUUGAAGGUCUUGCAGGGCCUGAAGCCUUGGGUCGUGUCUCAUCUAGACAAGAGGAAGUCGAGCUCCAGGGCGAGCAUAGGGCGUUGACCAGCCUGGUCACGCUCGUGAACGACAUGGUGGAAGGGAUAUCUUUUGUUCUUCUUCUCUUCGAAGAGCGACUCGAGGACGUCAUGGCCCUGCUCGACCCCAGCACGCACGUAAUGGCUCGGCGUAUGACUUUCCAGGCACUCUUCUCCGUCAAGGAGGGUCGAGAUCUUGCCAAGGACUUGGUCAAGGCCAUCGUUAAUCGCAGCAUUGCAAAGGGUUCCAAUGUUGAAUCAGUCGCAGAGUCUCUAAGGAGGAAAUGUGGCAGCUUCUGUAGUGCCGACGACGUCAUGAUCUUCCGUGGUCAAGAAGCUGUAAAGAAGGCAGAAGACAUGGGUGCGAACGCUGAGCGCGGACGCAUCUUGCUUAACGAUAGUCUUGGUCUGUUCGAACAGGUCGCAAAGAGCCUGACUUUUGACAACUUGGCUUCGACGAUUGAUCAGUACAUACGGCUUGAGUUCUAUGCCGGCGCCAUCCGACUGUCACUCAAGGUUGCGCAAGAGUGGGACCGUGGCAACAAGGCCUUGUCAUGGAUCCGAGACCGUGACGACCCCAAUGUAGACCCCAAUGAUGUGCGAAAGGACUUUUACGAGAAACGUGCGGCAUGCUAUGACCUCGUUCUCCGGGUCGUCGAGGCAGUCGACCAAGCAUACAACAGGCAAGGACCUGUAGCAGAUGGCGUCGUAUCACAAGUCACACGACGCAAGUUUGAAGCAUACGAACAGAUCAACAACUCAGAUGACGAGGUGUUCCAAAACUACCUGUACGAUUGGUACAUGCAGAAAGGUUGGGCAGAACGGUUGCUGGAGAUUAAUUCGCCAUUCGUCGUUGAAUAUCUGCGCCAGAGCUCAGAGAGGGAUGUCGCUCACGCAGAUCUUCUUUGGCGCUACUACGCCCAUUAUAACGACUACUUGAGCGCCGCAGAGACACAGUACCAACUUGCAAAGAGUCUACUCAAUCUACCACUGGAAAAGCGCAUCGAAUAUCUCUCAUUCGCAAAGGCCAAUGCAUCAACGCGCAUGACUGGCUUUUCGGAGACUGGAGUCCGAAAUAGGCAGUCAAGACAGGAGCUUCUGCGAAACAUUGCCGAUCACCUCGACAUUGCAAACAUCCAAGAUGACAUUCUGGGAAAGCUUAAGAGUGACGAUCGACUCGCCGCCGAUCCAGCUCGUAAGGAGCAAGUGCUUGGACUCCUGAAUGGUCAGAUUCAGCCGCUAGAUGAGCUAUAUCACAACUACGCCGAUCAGGCUGGAUACUACGACGUUUGUUUACUCAUCUACCACGCUGCAGACUACCGCAACAUUCCCGACGUCCGCAACACCUGGUCGAACCUAAUUGAGCAAGUUCACAAGCAGGCUCUUGGUGAUAGGGUGGCGCAGCCAUGGGAAUCGCUUGCCCUCAAGGUCGAGGAGAUUGGUCGCCGCGUCAACAUGAACGAGAACGUCUUCCCCGUAAACAUUGUCCUUCAGCUCCUCCUCCAGUAUGACAUCGAGUACUACAGACACGACGCUGCUUCUAUGACACCGGAGCAUAUCCUCAAUGUGAACCUCACAUGGCCCAUCGACGUCCUCGUUCGCCUCAACGCGCCCUUCGAGCACCUCGUUGCGACCUUCGAGGCGCUAUGGUACGCGCAAGAAGCUCCCUUUACCAACCGAAACAAGAAGCUGCUCGUCAAAUGGUGCAUCUACUCAGUCGAGCAGUGGGGCAUCACUAGCAGGCGCUCAGGCGCACUGUUCGGCAGCGCCGAGAAUGCCAUCGGCCUUGCUGAGUUUCUGAGAGUCGUGCUUGGCAGCGACACGCUGGGCCGCACUGCAGACGACCAGCAGUGGCUGCAGCGGGCUCGCGACGUUCGGGAUCUGGUCGAGGAGGCAGCGCGUUGA